CCUGCCCAGCCUCGCCGGCAAGCCAGAAACUUUGGGAAAAGUUUUUUUUUUCCCCCUCCCCUCUAAGCUGCGGCGGCCGGAGGAGCAGCGUUCGAGUCCCGUCCUCUGGCUGCCCAGAGCCGCCUUGUGGUGAGCUCCGGCCGGGGAUGCUCUCUCGGGUCGGCGGCGGGGAGGGUCGGCUGGUCGCCCCGUUCCUCUGCUGGCUGCUGCUGGGGCUGAGCGGGGCGGCGGGGGCGCCGACGGAGCUGCGGGUUCGAGUGCGGCUCCCCGACGGGCAGGUGACGGAGGAGAGCCUGCAGGCGGACAGCGGCGCCGACAGCGUCAGCCUGGAGCUCCGCAAGAGCGACGGGACCCUCGUCACCCUGGCUGCCGACUUCAAGCAGGAGGUAAAGAUCUUCCGAGCCCUGAUCCUCGGGGAAUUUGAACGGGGACAGAGCCAGUUCCAAGCUCUUUGCUUUGUCACCAGGUUGCAUCGCAACGAAAUCAUUCCCAGCGAGUCCAUGGCCAAACUACGACAAGUAAGAAGGUUGCAUCCCAAACCCCACUUCCCUCUAGCACUGAUAACGUUACCUAGUUGGGUCAUGAAACAUCUGCAAGAAAACAAGGAUCAUCAGCCACCAAGUUUAAGAUUGAUAUCAGGGAUGGAAAUGCUGAUGUCCCUCCAUUUUUUUUUCUCCUUGCCAGAAAACCCACAGACGGUGCGGCAGGCAGAGGAGGUCCGUGCGCUCGAGCACCUCAGCAUGGAUGUAGCUGUCAACUUCAGCAAAGGGGCCCAGUUGAGCUCUCACAUCUACAAUAUCUGUUCGGAGGCCAAGGAGACCAUCUACAGCCGAGAAGAAGAUGUGAAGUUCUGGAUGGAGAAAGGGGUGGACGGCUCCAUGUUUGAGGUCCUGCCUCAGUCUGCCGACCUACCUGGCCUGCAACAUUGCCGGGUCUGCCCAGACCAUUGGAAACCUUGCAUCUGCAGCUACGCCUUGAACAUUGAGUGGUAUCCCUGCAUGCUGAAGUAUUGCAAGAGCCGAGAUGCAGCUGGAAAGACAACCUCUUACAAGUGUGGCAUCCGCAGCUGCCAGAAGGCCUACAGUUUUGAUUACUACGUGCCCCAGAAGCAGCUCUGCCUGUGGGAUGAAGAGACUUAGCAGGACAGCUGAGCAGCCAUCUUGUUUUUUUGGACUGGGAGAACUUGUCUUCAACCUUCCUUCCUGGAGCUCUGGGUAGGACUACCAAGGUGGCCACCUGGGACUGAAAAAAGGAAGGGGUACGGCAUGGAGGGAGGGAGGGAGAACCCCUGUGAGAUGCCUCCUAAGCAUGUUUUGGAGUGAGUCUCUCCAUCUUCGCCUGUAGAAGGAGGCAUCUUCAGAUUUACAGGCAGAGACUACAAUCAAUGUAAUGUUGUCAAAAGAUGGAGAACAACAAAAUGAAGACUGUUCUCCAUCUUGACUUGACUUUUGAAGCUUCUUGACCACAAUCAGAUUUGUGCCUGCUUUUUUGUUGUUGUUUUUUAAAAAAUGAAGACAAAGAGGAUAGAUGUCCUUCCUGGACAAUCUCCUAGAAAGGAUUAGACACCAAGUAGGUAGCAGAAUGGAUAGAGGACCUUCCAGACAAAGCUUGUGAGCUUCCAGAAUGUUCUACAGUUGCUACCUGGAGCCCCCAGAAGGAGGAAACUUAAAGCCAUGAUGACGUCGGAAUCUGGAAGGACAUCACACUGAUAUCCUACAUCAUUUUAUGCAAGAAUAAGAGAUUAUUCGAGAAGGCUGUAGGACAGCUGGUCUCCUACAACCGACUGUCAGUUACCACUAUGCCAUGUGCUUCCAGUGACCAGUAUCCAAGGGAUUAUGCCAUCCCUGGACAGCUUUGACGAUGGCAGUUUGCCAAAAUGCCUCUGAUGUAGAUAUGCUGCGUAAUCAUCUGGGUGGAUCACCGAGCCCAACUCUUGGUUUCAAUUGGCUCCUUAAUGCCAGAGGAGGUGGGAAUGUAGAUCUCUGGCCUCUUAAGGGUGCCAAUCCCUCAUCACUCUGCCUUAAUAAGAGAUUGUACCCACCUCACUUCCAGGGACCGAAGAUUGCAGACAAUCAGAUCCAUUUUAAAGAGAGAUCCCUAAGCCCUUCCAAGCCAGGACGUCCCCAGGACCUUCCUUUUCUUCUGAUUGGAAAGUCAACUGCUUACUUUCUAAUCUCUUUCUGUACCUCCUCUCCCACAAAAUUGUGAUUGGACAGAGCAAUGCAGUGUGUGUCUGUGUGUGUGUGUGUGAGAGAGAGAGAGAGAGAGGGAUGGAGGGAGGGAGGGAGAGAGAGAGAGAGAGAGAGAGAGAGAAUAUUAAACUAAGGGGAGCCACAAUAUGUCCAAGUAUGAAUGCCCCAAAUAUUGCAGAAAAAGUAGCAGAAUGUUUGGGUUACAGGAAUGGACGAGAUACCCAGAUACGAUAUGGGAAAGCAGCAGAAGUGUGAUGUUGCGUACGGUCAGUUCACACCUGGCUCUUUGUCCCUCAGUUAAGACAAAGUAGCAUCCUUUGAAGACCCAUCGAAGAAGCCAAUGGUGAAAUGGAAAAAAUUAUUGCUACCAGUUCUGUGGACAUGGCUUGGUGGGCGUGGCUUGCUGGGCGUGGGCCAUAUGACUGGGUGGGCGUGGCCAACUUUUUUUUUUUUUACUUUUUUAAAGCAUUUUUUACUACCUAUUCGCUGGAACCGGUAGUAAAAAAAAAAUCUUUAAAAAAGAAAAAAAAGGUUCCGAUGCUCGAGCGGCACAGCUGAUUAACAACAGCUGAUUGACAAUCAGCUGUGCUUGCACGAUCCUUUUUUUUUUUUAAAAGAUUUUUUUACUACCGGCUCCGGCAAAUAAGUAGUA